AUGAAACGGGGGAUAGUUGAAAUGUCGACACGAGCGGGUCAAGAGUGUGGUGAUUUUGGGACAGAAGGAUCCGGUGGGAAACGUAUGAAACAAAGUUGUUUGACGGAUAGACUGUAUUUCAACAAGGUUGUAGAUGUAGAUGAAGAGUAUAAUAUUAAUGCUUUUUCUUUUGCGGAAUUAUUAGAACAUAUCUGUCCUGUGGCAUCAAUCCAUUUUAAUUUCAUGAUCGAUCUUCGAUGGCUACUUGAGCAGUAUCCAGCCCGAUUGCGACAAGGACCAAUUACAUUAAUUGUAGGCGAAAGAAUGGGGACCGAUUUUACAUUAACUAGAACUGCUGUAAAGCAAUGUGGAGUAAAUAACGUCACUGUUGGACGAGCACGCCUAAUGAUACCGUUCGGGACGCAUCAUUCCAAAAUUUCCAUUUUUGAAAGCAGUACUGGGAGAGUGCAUAUUGUCAUUUCGACUGCUAACUUGUUAGAAAACGACUGGAAUUUCAAAACCCAAGCAUUCUAUCACUGCAGUGGAAUUGAACGGUCUGCCGACAAUAGGUGCAACCCAAAUGGAUCCGAUUUCCAGGCUGAUUUUGUAAAAUACUUGAACGAAUAUAAAACAAGUCAAGAUUGGGGUCUUAUUGAAUAUUGGCGGGAUCGUGUUGCUAGCAUUAACUUGUCCCAUGUUAAGGCACGAAUUGUUUACUCUGUACCAGGAGCUCAUAAAGGCGUUCAAUUAACGAAAUAUGGUCAUCCAAGACUGCGUGUAAUACUGAAAGAAUUGUUCGGAAAUGUAAAAAUGGAUGAAUUCACUUAUCAUGUUCAAUUUAGUUCACUUGGUAGUCUUGGAGCAGCACCGCAAUAUUGGCUUACGGGACAAUUUUUAAAUAGUCUUGCUGGUGGUGCAGAAACAGAUGGCAAGCAUUUGCGAAUUAUUUAUCCUUGUGUGGAAGACGUUCGAAAUUCUAAUGAAGGAUACCAAGCAGGUGGUUCGUUUCCUUACAAUAAUAGUGUGGCAGUAAAGCAGCCCUAUUUGCUUGAUUUCAUGUACAAGUGGCGCAGUAAUCAUCUGGGACGUUCUCGCGCCAUGCCGCACAUCAAGACAUAUGCAGCUUUUGCUAAAAACUCUCUAAAGCCACUUUGGUUACUUGUAACAAGUGCCAACCUUUCUAAGGCAGCUUGGGGUGAUUAUCAGUUAAAAAAAACACAAUUAACUAUUCGAUCAUAUGAAUUUGGCGUGUUAUUCAAUGAUCCUGAAUCUUUGGAUAUGUUGCCAUAUGAUUUGCCUUUGACAAAAUAUGAUGACAACGAUCGUAUGUGGAUAGUAGAUAAAACAUACAGGAUGCCAGAUGUAUUCCAAAAAACCUGGCCUAUGGCGAAGUCGGGGAGGUGUGUUCUGUCGUUUGGUGAUACUGUACUUUAUGAGGCUGAUUUGAAAGCGUUAGAAAAUGGACGAUGGCUUAGUGAUCCUGUUAUUUCGUUCGCAUUCGAAUAUCUUCAUGAGAAAACUUUGGAUGAGACUAAGAAAAGCAAAAUCAGCUUUGUAAAUGCAGCGGUGUGUCAGCUAAUUAAGCUAACCAAAGCAAAUGAGGUGGCAGACCUUCUUGAUGAGCUUACACUUAAAGAAAAAGAGCAUGUUAUUUUUGUUGUGAACGAUCAUGACGAUCCGUCAAGAAGUGGUGGAAGUCACUGGUCAUUGCUUAUUUGUCGCCGAGAUCUUCGACCUCAUUUUCUGGUCAUUGACAGUGCACAAGGUACCAGUUCAGCGAAUCGCAAACCGACGGAUAAGCUGAUUCAAACACUGGCAAGGUAUUUCGGACUUCCGAUAGAUACACGCAUUGAACGAGCCACAAAACAGUAUAAUGGCAUGGACUGUGGGAUGUUUGUUAUCGAAUUCACUCGACACUAUAUCGAGAGUUUGAAACGGGACCAAUUCACUGUUGAUUUCACGCAGUUAAACGCAGGUGAUGUUAAGAAGCAGCGGAAAGUGUGGGGUUCACUAAUUCGUUCACUGGCCGAAGAUUAG